GUCACAACAGUUUUUCCGAUCAAGAGAAAAGCCUGUUUGUUUACUUUAUACAAUCUGGUUGCAUGUCAGACAAAUGGCAAAGGUUACUUGGCUUGGCAGCGGGCAAGACAUUUGCCCAAAAAAGUUGCCUUUCGUUUGCCUUUAUUCACCUAAUUUUUGCCACCUUUUCUUUUUUAAAGAAAUAUUGAGAAGUGCUUUUCAGAUGUCUUCAUCUUUUUCAUAUAAACCAACUAGGGUGUCGAAGAAACAGAGGAGUUGUUGACAAUUAAGUUUUGUCUUUUUUUGUCAACAUUGUCCUUUAGUUAUAGACAUUGACUUCCCUCAUCAGCCAGCAAUAUUAACAAUUAGUGGUAUGUAGUUAGUGGUAUAAAUAAAAUAAGGAAUCUUGUGUACAUAUUUAUUAAAAAAAAAUAUCUUGGAAGCUCUGUAGCUUUAGACUGUGUAGCUACCUGUGUUGAUAUAAAAUGGCUGUUUUGGAAAAUUGUGAAUAGCUAGCUAGCUAACGUAUAAACGUACAAUUAGGAUACACAAAAUUGUACAGUCUUGCAAUUACAAUAGCUAAAACAGGAGAUAUAUCUAUUGGCUAGCUUAACAGUCAAACCAUUUUUCUGGAGCGCUGACUACAUCCAAUUACGGACUGUUUUUUUGUAAUUUAGAUGGUAGGCGGCAGCUAGCUAUAUUUUAUUCAUUUCGAGUAUUUAAACGUUACUUUAGACUCCUAACAGGUUUUGGUCUAACUUAAGAGUGUCUGUUAUUAAAUGUAUACAAAUCGACUCAACAUAUACAACUUGGAUACAGAAUAUUUCAUAGGCGUUACAAAUCAUUAGAGGAAAAUGGCAACAAAAGAUUUUUGCGGUAAUCUUUUUUAUUCAACCAACAAGUGGAAUAUAAAUAGGUGUUACUUAACAACUCCUCCUUGAUGGCUUGCACAAAUGCCAUGGAACCAACAUUAUCACUUAUCGCAACCAAUCUAGGUGAUUCUGUUUCAACUGAUUGGUUCGACCCUUAACAUAUAGCGCAGCAACACUCAUACAUGUGGUGCCGUAGUUUAUUGUGGCGCCAUAGUUUAUUUUGGUGUUGUAGUUUAGUGGUUAUCACUCUUGAGACCGGGGUUGGAUUCCCCUUGGCAGGGAUUCAAUAUGGGCAAUUGAAUAUUACCAUAUAUAGUUAAAAGAGAAGGCAAAAGAAGACGAAAAAAAAAGAUAGAAAAGACAAAGUAAAGAAAGUAAAAAAAAAAUAGAGAAAAAUUAAUAUUUUAAAAACCUACCCUGUGCGAGAGAGAAGAACAAUAUCUUUCGAAAGUGUUGACAAUAAAUGGAUGAGUAUGAGAGCACCAGAAUGUUGGUAGAUAGAUAGCUGAUAUUGAGGGAUAUACCCUGUCUAUUAUUUCCAGGAGGGGCCAUGGCUUUUAUGGCUCUGGAGUAUUUAAUGCUCCCUUUGAGCUAUGCAAACUCAAUUAAGGUCAGCGCUCUGCCAGACAACUGCCUCACAACAUCCAAUGGCCCAUACAGUGCACCAUCUCCCCAAUUUCCCUCACAUGGAUUGGGUUAACUCGGGCUAUGGUAACAUUCACUCGCCCAUGUUGAAUCUCCGUCAAGAGGAGUCAAACCCCGGUCUCUUGCACAGAAUAUGACAGCUAUAACCACUAAUCUACGACUCCACGGCAUUAGGACCAAAACGGAAAACCCGGUCAAAAAUAUAUAUAAUUGGAGGCAAUAAUAUUCCAGCAGCUGAUACAUAGGAAGUGAUGUGAUCUCUAUUUCUUUGCUGUUAGGGUAGGGGUGCUUAGUAGACUUUAAGAUGACAAGGCCACUUGCAGUUGUUUCUUCAUUCAUUGUAAAUCAAUGCAUUUGUAUCAUCAGCAAACAUAUAGUACAUUUUGAUUCAUUACAAAAAAAAUUAAAAAAAAAAAGAAUUAAAAGUUUUAUCAAAAAAGUAUUUAUUACAUUGAUUACAAAACCAUUUCCUCACAUCCUCUGAUGUUUUGAAAGUUAUACAAUAUACUUGUGUUGUUAUGAAAGUUAUGCAGAAUAUGCUUGUGAUGUUUAGAAAUUUUUACAGCAAGUUAUUCUCCUCCCUAUGAUAAAUUAAAUAAAAACUAAAUAAACUGAUAAAAAAAUCAGAAAAAUUAUUUUUAUAAUAAAUUGUAAUGUUUUUUCUUUCUGCAGUCCUUAUAAGAAAAUGUAAAUCUAAAUGCAAAAUCUUUUUACAGGCUUUAGUUAGUUCACAAUAUAUAAAGUCUUUUGCAGCAAAAAUUCAUAACAGAGGAGGGUGUUAUGGCAAUAAUGAUCUGUCUUGUUUUUCACCUGUAUUAUAAAUAUUUUAGCAAAAGUAGCUAAUUUUUGUUAUCAAUUACAUAAAAAUACAUAAAAAAUACAUAAAAAAAAAUUUCAGCAGGAAGUUACUACAGCAUAACUACGGCAAAUUACUGAAUGAUUCCAACCUCUAUGGAGGAGUAUUUGUUUUAUAUUUAACAAACAACGGUUGUAGCUUUGUACUGAAGAAACCAACUGAACAUAAAAUAAUAAAGCAAAAUGAUUUAUUUGUCAAAAUAAUACAUCUUAGUACCUUUUAAACUGUUCAACAGGGUAGUUCUGUUAUUAACACUCAAAAACUUUUAAUUUAUGUACCGCUACACUAGACUGGUGCCCUUCUGUGCUUCACUAGUCUUGGUAGUAAAAAUGGCAACAAAAAUGGAGCCCAUUUUAAAGUGUUACUGGCUAAAGCGGCAGAACUAUUAAACUUUGUUUUGUUUAACCUCAACCUUUAACUAUUUUACUACAAAAAACAUAUAAUUGCUCUGAUUUUCAAAAAUAAUGGAUAAUGAGCGUAUUGCGCAUUUUAGUUUUAUCAGAACAGAUCGUCAUGUACUGCAAAUGACCCAGCCAUCCCUUUGUGACUUGUCACAAUUAAAAAUUAGUUCGGUUUAUCCAGAAUACCAAGAUGGACUAAUGUUUUUUUCAACAGUUCAAAAUACAUUAGCCAUUCUUGAACGUUCUCUGUCAAGGCCUUCAGGUCUUUAAAGGGUAAUGUAACUAGAACAGUGGUUCUUAAAUGUUUAUGACCAGAGAUACUGGCAGGGUUAAACGAGCGGUUAAACCUACUUUAUUUAACAAUGUUUCAUAAAAAAUCUUUUAUUGCCAAAAUACUCAAUGGGUGGGCAAUAGAAGCCAUGUACUUAAUAUAGUAAAAUUACUUUUCGCUAAAAUUAACUUUGUGAAACUUUUGGAAAAACUUGCUUUUCUAUUUUCUUAGUUUUAAUAAAUAUUUGGUAAUUUUUUUUAUUUUUAAGUUAAUAAAAAUAAUGACAACUACUUUAUAAAUAAGCAUGGAAUAAAUUAGAAUUGCAAAAAAUACUAGAUUUGUAAAAAUAAUUUUUUUGAAAAACUAUUUGCAAAAAAUAAUUAAAUGUACAUUUUUUAAGAAUUGUAUUUUCAAGAAGAGAAAGAAAAAGGCUUGACAAUGGUAAUUGUGUUGCGUUAUACUUAGGAAUAUUUUGCUUAUAGAAAUUUGUAACUUGUUUAGAACGUAAACAUUGUAUUGCUGAAUGAAGUCCAACUAACCUGAAGAUUUUAAAGAUUCAACUGAAGAUCGCGAUAAAUAAUGGAUUCAGAAGCAUCGCACACUGCAAUGCCCGUCUUAGAGAAAAUGGAAGUGAAGAUAGAAGAACAAGUGAAAGUAGAAAGUGAACGCCCACCUCAACCACGUGCAAACCUACAAAGCCGUUUACAAUCGAACAAGCACGACCAAGCCUUCUUAUGUGUAGUGUGUACGGAUCGGGCGUCUGGAUACCACUACGGUGUGCCUGCAUGCGAGGGGUGUAAAGCGUUCUUUAAAAGAAGCCUUCAGUCGAAAGACUUGAACUACAAAUGUCCGGCAUCAAGUAAUUGUACGAUCGAUCGAAUGAGUCGGAAAUGUUGUCAAGCCUGUCGGUUAAAGAAAUGCCACGACGUUGGCAUGUCAAAAGAAUUUCUUGGCAACAAAAUCAAAAGACCAAAACAAGAAAAGCAACAAAAACCGCGUCGAAAAUCUGAUAAAUCGAGUCCGGAAGGUUUUGUUGAAAGUUCUACGAAUGCUCAAGAAAUUGAGAUCGAAAAUGCUAUUCAAAGUUUAACCUCUCUUCAUGCGGAGUUGUAUUUGAAGCCUGAAGAUUGUACCAUUGAAACGAGAACUCUCACUCAGAAAUUUAGUUGGACGGUCGACCAACAGCUGGUUCACAUAAUAGACUGGGCAAAACAGCUGCCAGGCUACUGCAAUCUGGUCAUAAGCGACCAGGCUAUAUUAUUACAAGCAGCGUGGGUGGAUUUGCUCGCAUUAAAUUGGGUGUAUCAUUCGUUGUAUGUUGAAGAGGCUAUAAAAUUUUCAAAAUUCUUUUCCAUAACGUACAAUGAAGCCAGAGAACUUGGUUGUGAGAAUAUAUAUUGUCAAAUUUUUUCCUUGGCAAAUCGAGCAAAAAAAUACAAUAUGGACGAAGAGGAGAUUGCUUGUCUAAAAGCUAUUAGUCUCACGAACGCUGAAUCAAGUAGUUUAGCUGGGCCUGAAAAAGUGAACGAUUUGAUCACAACAUUUUCAUCCACUCUUCAAUACUACACAAACAGUCGCCAUCGUGAAAAUCCGCAAAAAUUUGCAAAGCUUGUGUUAAUACUCCCUCAACUGAAAUACAUGGUUAAUCAAGUCAUAGAAUAUUUAUAUACAAUGAAAAUGAACAAUUCAAGUGAAUCGAACUUGUCGGAUUUGGUCAUUGAAAUGCUCGAAGCUAAGCAGCGGCUGUAAUAGCCGUGCCGUUAUUUCACAUGCAAUCAAAAUAAUUUCUAAAUUUGUACAUACAGUUUUUAAAAGAAGCAAUAUGGAAUUUAUAUGUACUAUACACUCAAAUAGUUCUGUUUAAACAAUACGUGGUUCGUAUUAAUCUUGACACAGAGACAGUGUUCAAGAAGAACAAGAAACCUCUACACAAGAGAUGUAUCAAUAAUUUUCGCUGGCUGGAACUUGUUAAUAUUCUUUUAAGCGACACUUAAUGUUUUUAUUUUAUAGUUAAAUUCUAGGAUCAAAAUAAGCAAAAAUUCUGCUUGUGGUUGGCGAAAUUUUUCAUGUGUAUUGUAUCGAAUGAUUUCACCUCGAAGCUUAGUCACCAUUUGGUUAAAUAUUUACUGUUACUGUAACUUAUUGAAACUCUCACGCUUUUUGUGCGAAAAUUAAUUGUUGUAUUAAAGAGUCAAUUCAAACACGAUCAGCAAAAUUAAAAAAGCUUAUUUUGUCCGGAAUAUUUCGCCCAGUAGAGAUUUGGCUGUGUAGCUACUCUGUAAAAUAUGUAAAUAACUUUUCUGUAUGGAUAUAUUAAUUGACGAUCGAACGGCAUAAAAUAUUGACAAAUAA